AUGUAUGAGCUAGAAUCUCCGCCCACCCCGUGUAUGUCUGAGCUGGAAUCUCCGCCCACCCCGUGUAUGUCUGAGCUGGAAUCUCCGCCCACCCCGUGUAUGUCUGAGCUGGAAUCUCCGCCCACCCCGUGUAUGUCUGAGCUGGAAUCUCCGCCCACCCCGUGUAUAUCUGAGCUGGAAUCUCCGCCGACCCUGUGUAUAUCUGAGCUGGAAUCUCCGCCCACCCCGUGUAUGUCUGAGCUGGAAUCUCCGCCCACCCCGUGUAUGUCUGAGCUGGAAUCUCCGCCCACCCCGUGUAUGUCUGAGCUGGAAUCUCCGCCCACCCCGUGUAUGUCUGAGCUGGAAUCUCCGCCCACCCCGUGUAUGUCUGAGCUGGAAUCUCCGCCCACCCCGUGUAUAUCUGAGCUGGAAUCUCCGCCCACCCCGUGUAUAUCUGAGCUGGAAUCUCCGCCCACCUCGUGUAUAUCUGAGCUGGAAUCUCCGCCCACCCCGUGUAUGUCUGAGCUGGAAUCUCCGCCCACCCCGUGUAUGUCUGAGCUGGAAUCUCCGCCCACCCCGUGUAUGUCUGAGCUGGAAUCUCCGCCCACCCCGUGUAUGUCUGAGCUGGAAUCUCCGCCCACCCCGUGUAUGUCUGAGCUGGAAUCUACGCCCACCCCGUGUAUGUCUGAGCUGGAAUCUCCGCCCACCCCGUGUAUAUCUGAGCUGGAAUCUCCGCCCACCUCCUUAUGUAUUCCGUUCAAUGUGUUUAUGUUGUUGUUGUUCCGGAACGAUGAUGCUUGUGAUGUCCUCCCUCCCCCCUUCCCCCUAAGAGUUAAUGUCCCGGAGACGGCAUGA